GCAGAUUAACCAGCAAGACAAUCCAUUCCCUUUCUCAGUUACGUGGCACCUGGUUCUGUGGCCAUGGCCAUGGCGAGGCGCCUGGUUCUGUGGGGUGUCCUGGCGGCGUGCGUCGCGGCCGGCGCGGGUGACUGGUCGCCGGGCACGGCGACGUUCUACGGAGGCGCCGAUGGGUCCGGGACGAUGGACGGAGCGUGCGGUUACGGGAACCUGUACAGCGCCGGGUACGGCGUCAACAACGCGGCGCUGAGCCAGACGCUGUUCAACGACGGCGCGUCGUGCGGGCAGUGCUACCUCAUCAUGUGCGACACCAGCAAGUCGACGAGUUGCAAACCCGGCAACACCAUCACGGUCACCGCCACCAACCUGUGCCCGGCCAACUACGCGCUGACAAACGGCGGCUGGUGCGGCCCGGGGCGGCCCCACUUCGACAUGUCGCAGCCGGCGUGGGAGAACAUCGGCAUCUACCAGGCCGGAGUCAUCCCCGUCGUCUACCAGCGGGUCCAAUGCUCGCGCAGCGGCGGCGUGCGCUUCAGCUUGGCCGGCUCCAAAUACUUCUUGCUCGUCAACAUCCAGAACAUCGGCGGCAGCGGCUCCGUGGGAGCCGCCUGGGUCAAGGGCACCAAGACGGGGUGGAUCCAGAUGUCCAGGAACUGGGGCGCCAACUGGCAGGCGCUGUCCGGGCUCGUCGGCCAGGCGCUCAGCUUCGCCGUGACCAGCACCGGCGGGCAGUACGUGCAUUUCCCGGACGUCGUGCCGGCGUGGUGGCAGUUCGGCCAGACCUUCACCAGCAAUCUGCAGUUCAGCUACUGAACUACUUAUCAAUCGAUCGAACGAAACGGAUCGGAGUUUGUGCUCUGUUUCUCGUGACAUUCAUCGCAACGUCCCAAUGCCGAGUGCAGACGUGCUACCUCGUGGUUUUGGCCGAGUUUCAGCGCCAAAGAGCUGUGGCCGUCGCAUGCUUUGCUUGCUGUCCAUAACUCAUUGUUUGCAUUUGCAUUUUUCUUCCUAUUGGCAAUUGGCAUCACACAUAUACAUGUAUGUAACAUUGUAAAUCUUAUUGAAUCAAGAAUU